AAACUUUCGACAUUUCAUCAGUUUGGAUUGUGGAUUUUUUAUAAAAGAUUUGUGGAAAUCUUAUAGCAAUAAUAUACCUUCCACCAAGUAUAAUAUAACAAUUCUGCAAAGUCUUUAUUUAGUUUAAAACAGCUAGAAAUCGUUUCGGUUGACAAUUCUUUGAAGUUCCACAAAAGUCAAUCAUGCCAUUUCGAGCUCCUACAAGUUCAUCAAUGCAAAACGAAGAUGAUAAAGCUAACUACGACAGCAGCUUUGAAUUUGACUUGAACACUUCAACAGCCAAUUCUGAUUACAUCGAUGAAGAUUCAGAUACCAUAGAGCCGGCUUUAGCAAUCGAAGAAAAUUUACUAAGAGAUGAUAGCAAUGAGGAAACAGUAUACAAUAUACCCAAAAAAAAUGUUACAUUCGCUGAGGAACAUACAGAAAUUAAAAUGAAAAGCCCAGAUAUCAUCUUACCGCAGUUGUCAGAUGAAAACAUGACAGCGGAACAAAGAGAAAUUGAGGCCGAGGAAGAAAAACGCAUGGAGCUAAAGAGCAAGCGGAAACUUGAAGAGGAAUAUGAAAAGAUGCAAGAUUUAGUUUCUAACUUUACUGAAGAACAACUCAAUAGAUAUGAAAUGUACCGGACAUCAACAUUUCCUAAUGCAACUGUUAAAAGGUUAAUGCAAACUAUUACAGGAUGCUCAGUAUCACAAAAUGUUGUUAUUGCCAUGUCAGGGAUAGCAAAAGCUUUUGCUGGGAAAGUUGUGGAAGAAGCCCUUGAUGUAAUGGAGGAAAUGGGCGAAACGGGGCCACUGCAACCUCGCUUUUUGCGUGAAGCAGUUAGAAGACUUGGAAAUAAAGAUCGAAUACCAAAAGGCAGGGCUUAGAAAA